AUGGAUUCCAAGAGUUCCAGCGACAACCCGACCAAUGUCGGCCAGGAGAAGGGCACCACCGUCACUGAACGGUCUGGUGAUGUCCAAACCGGUGCCGGCUUUGCCUUCAGGGAGGAGAGCUCAAUGACACGAAACGGUCUGACCUUGGAGUCUUUCAAGCGACGUCCCGACACCGGCAGCUUCGAGCUCGAUCGUCGUAUGAAGCCUCGCCAUCUUCAGAUGAUUGCCAUUGGUGGCUCUAUCGGUGCUGGUUUCUUCGUCGGUUCUGGAAAGGCCCUUUAUACUGGUGGUCCCGGAUCUGUUCUCGUCGACUUCAUCCUCAUUGGUAUGAUGAUCUUCAACGUUGUUUUCGCUCUUGGUGAACUCGCCGUCAUGUACCCCGUGUCCGGUGGUUUCUAUAUCUACUCGUCUCGCUUCAUCGAUCCUUCGUGGGGUUUCGCCAUGGGCUGGAACUAUGUUGCACAAUGGGCCACUGUUUUGCCACUCGAACUGACAAUCUGUGCCGUGUGUAUCCAAUACUGGAACGAGGACCUCUCAGCCGGAAUCUUCAUCGCCAUCUUCCUUGUUGCCAUCAUCCUCAUCAACAUCUUCGGUGGUAUCGGCUAUGCUGAAGAAGAGUUUUGGUCAUCCUGCCUGAAGCUCGGAGCUACUGUCGCCUUCAUGAUCAUCUCUCUUGUCCUCGUCUGUGGUGGCGGUCCUUCCAACGGCCGCUACGACGAGUACUGGGGUACCAAGCUCUGGAACGAGGAUCCUGGUGCUUUCAAGAACGGCUUCAAGGGGUUCUGCUCUGUCUUCGUCACUGCCGCUUUCUCUUUUGCCGGUACUGAGCUCGUUGGUCUCGCUGCUGCCGAAUCUGAGAACCCCACCAAGGCUCUCCCUGGUGCCAUUAAGCAGGUUUUCUGGCGUAUCACCCUCUUCUUCGUUCUCGGUCUCUUCUUCAUCGGUCUCCUGAUCAAGUCCACUGAUGACCGCCUUAACAUCUCCGGAUAUUCCAACGCUAAGGCUUCUCCUUUCGUUCUGGUUGGCGAGUACUCCGGCAUGAUGGGUCUUGCUCACUUCAUGAACGUCAUCAUUCUUGUGUCGGUUCUCUCUCUUGGUGUCUCUUGCGUUUACGGCGGCUCCCGUACCCUGACUGCAAUGGCCCAGAACGGCUAUGCUCCCAAGGUCUUUGCCUACAUUGACCGUGCUGGACGCCCUCUCGUCUCCGUCUUUGUCCAUAUCCUCAUGGGAUUUAUCGCUUUUGUUAACCUUGACCCCAAGGGUGGAGAGAUUUUCGACUGGCUCCUGGCUCUUUCUGGUCUUUCAACCCUUUUCACUUGGGGCUCCAUCUGUCUUGCCCAUAUUCGCUUCCGCAAGGCCUGGGCCCGACAAGGUCACACUCUGGACGAGAUCCCCUUCAAGGCUGCCUUCGGUACUGCCGGUUCUUGGUUCAGUCUCGGUCUGAUCUGUCUCGUACUCAUCGCUCAGUUUUAUGUUGCCAUUACCGCCCCUCCUGGCGAAUCCGGCAUGGGAACUGUCGAGGGCUUCUUUAUUUCAUACCUGGCUCUCCCUGUUGUCCUUGUCUUCUGGGCUAUUGGCUACCUCUGGAAGCGUGAGGGUUGGUUGUCGAUUGACAAGAUCGAUGUUGACACUGGCCGACGUGAGCACAACUGGGAGGAGAUCAACGCUUACCGCGCCAAGGUUGCCACUUGGCCCGCUUGGAGACGCUUCCUUAACAAGGUCAUGUAA